GUGCUCAAGGUGGUGGUGGGCCAUUGUAAUGUCCCAUCUCGUAAGUUCAUGGUUAUCCCAUGGGUAGGGUGUGGUACCACUAUAAAUAGAGCAGAUUUCGGCUGAUUGUCAUUGUAAAUUCGAACAGCAAAUUACCAACAUGUUUGUAAAACUGGCCGUAUUAGCUUGCUCUUUGGCUGUCGCCGCCGCGGUGUACAGCGGCCCCUUGGCUGGAGGCGUCCCUGCGGCCCAAUUCCCCGCCGGAGUGAGCCCUCAAGCGUGCCCCAACUACCCCAACUGCGCAAACCCCUCCGUGGCCGUUAACCAAGCCCCCGUCUCCCAAUACAACGCCGUUCCCCAGUACAACCCCGCUCCCCAAUACAACUCCGCUCCCCAGUACGCCCCAGCCCCUCAAUACACCGCUCAACAGUACCAACCUGCCCAACAAUUCGCUCCACAACAGUACAAUGCAGCCCCCGCCCGCCCUCAAUACACUCCUGAAGUGCAGAACGCUUUGGACCGCGGAGAAUACAUCGGAGAUGGUGACUACCACGGUGAAGGUCUCGCUGAAGCCCUCGCUCCAGGAUACCAAGGACAAGCCCAGGCUUACAACGCCGCACCUGCUUACAAUGCUGCUCCUGCUUACAACCCUGCUGCCUACGCCCCCCAACCACAGGCUCAUCACCAAUUGCCUGCAGGUGUAGGCCAACCCGCUCAAAUUCCUGCUGGAGUUGACGCCCGCUCUUGUCCCAAUUAUCCUUUCUGUCACUAAUUUAAGAAAAACAAGCUAGACUGCCAGCUGACAACAUGUUGUUGCAUUUAUAUUUACUAUUUUUGUAAAUCCUCUGUAAUAUAUAGUCUAAAUUAAUUUUAUUUAAUAAAAGUUAGAAAAAAUUUUGAGCUUU